AUAUAUAUAUAUAUAGAUAUAUAAAUACAUAUAUAUUCCGAUGGGCGUCUCGCGUUGCGCUUGCCACAAAAGAAGCGUCGUCUAAAUUAUGCAAAACCAACAAAAAGAUCGCUUAGGAAAGCGAGAAAACGAGCAAAAAGCGUUAACUAUGCACGGCGAGAAAAAGAAGUGAUUGACACCUAAUGAUAUAUGAAUGUUCUUGAUUAAAAGUUUUAGGUUCCUUAAAGAAGUGCUUACCCUUAAUGAUUUUUUGGUACUAUAAAAAUCUAAAAUGAGCUUAAAUACUUUUUCUUGUCUUAUAAACUUUUAAAUUAUGACAAGAAACUAAUCAUAACUAAUUCUUGAAAUGUAAUAAGAACCAUUACUUGCAAAUGUUUAGUCUAAACUUGAUAGUCCAAACUAAUCCUUAAACUCUCUUUGAGAAUUUAUGAAUUUCAAACUAAAAUAUUUAACAGUGUAUAUUAAAAUGCACAUUUCCAAAAGAUUUUCUUUGUUGAUUAUGAAAUUGGUAUUUUAUAUCAAUCGAAAGCAUGCAUAGAUAUUAAUUCCCAAUUUGGUUUUCAAAUGUUUAGUUAUUUAACUUCUUGUCUUGAAGAAAAGAAAAACACGUGACUACUUUUUAUGCUUUUCUAAAUGAUUUCUUAUAAUGCAAAGGCAUUUUAAGGUUUUUUUAGUGAAAUCAAUUAAAAUUCUUGACUAAAUUUCCCUUUCUUCAGUACUAAAACCAACUUUUUACCACAGACUUACCCAAUUUGCUUCUCUGCCCACAAAUUGGACAUGCCGCAUGAUUCUUUAACCGCAUUUCGUCUGUUAAUUUUGAUUACGCGCACCUUUAGUCAUAAUAAACAAUAACCCGCGAAUUAUUACGUAUGAGUGAGCUGCGAUUGUGUGUGCGAGUGUGUCAAAGCGAAAACGAAAGGCCAGCAACAACACACCAUCGAUUGUGUGUGGUCAGCAGCGUCGUUCAAUUUGAGUUUGGGUCCAAUAUCAAUGGCCAGUACCGCUGCCUUUACACCUGCGCAGACUUCACUCCACAUACAGCCAAAAAACCACUCAAAACGAAACUCAAAUUCGUCGCCGGGCAACGAAGGCAAAUCAAUUGAACCUUAGUCUCCAUUUGAGUCGCACUCCCAGCGGAAUUGGGUUGAGUUUCGUCUCCGUUUUUUUUUUCGAUUUUGGAUUUUGUUUAUCUUUUUGCGCUGCGUUAAAAACUUUUACUCCCCGUGUCGAGGGCCAGAUACAAGCCAAUACAAUCAAAAUAAAACGCAAAAUUAUUAACGCCUGUGUUAAAUGUUAAUUAUUACAUAAGUUUCUUUCUCUUUCUCUGAUUAUUUAACCGGUAAUUGGGCUUACAUCGCGUAUGCGUAAUAUUCUAAUGAAGUUGAUGAUGGGCUAAAGCAAGUAAGGUAUCUGGAUCCGGGAGGAGGAGCGAGGAGUGGCUAGGCGUGGCCAGGUGAAUCGUAGUGCGGUGACCUUCGGCAGACGACGGCUGCAAACAGCAAUCAAACACGCUAUUGGAGAUAGCCAAACAAGCGCGGUCCAAAUAUCUCGAACAAUACUAACAACAAAUAAACAUAUAUAUAGUAAAUAAGCCAAGGUGACUAAGUACCGCCACAGCAUGGAGAUCAGGCGCACCUCUCGACCAUAUCUCUGGGUAUUGCUGAUGCUGCUCGGUCUUUGGCUGGGCACGGUUUUGGCCAAGGGCGCCAGCAAUCAGACUACCACCUCACAAACCUGGCAAUACCAGCAGCAGCAGCAACGGUACAGAAAUCAACUCAAUGAAUCGCUAUCGCAGCAGCCCGAGGAAUUAGAGAUUUUGGAAACCACUUCGGCUAUUGUCAGUUCGCCCCAUGAAAGCCAUUUGACGCGCACCUCCGUCAUUUUUGGUCUCACCAAAGUGGCCAACGAGAGCAGCGUCAGCCAAAAGUGCCACGCGCAACUGCGGCAAAUGCAGCGCGGCAUACUCGGCAAACAGCCAUGGGCCAUGAAGGUUCUUGAUGCGUCGGGCACUAAGCCAUCGGGCUUUGUAUAUGGCCAGAACUAUUGGCUGGGAAGUCGGGAAGCUUGUCGCGGAGUCCAAAGACCCGUGGGCAUAACCCUUUCGAAAAACUUCGAUCGUGUCAUGCACUAUGGAAUUAUCACCCAGCAAGCGCCCUUUGACAUGGACUACCGGGUGCUCUACCUGCGACACAGUUCUCCCUGGCAAGUGGAGAUCAAACUUAUGUCUGAGCAGAUUAUUCAUAUUGGUUUAUGCCUACCAAGUGCCUGCAGUUCGGAAGAGGUUAAGAAUCUUGCCCAGGACUAUGUAGCUGGAGGAAUGUUCACCGAAAACGAGAUCUUCGACAUCCGACCGGAAGUGGUUUACAUGAAGGAUCUGCAGCUGAAGCAAGAAUUCUUCGAAAGGGCCAGCUUCCGGCUGUUGGUGGCCUGUGUCUUGGUCACUGGAGCUCUGAUGCUUUGUGCUCAACAACUGACGGCCACCAAAAAGUUGGCGCCGUCAUCAGAUGAACCCGAUCCUGGUCUAGCACCCGCCGAAUCGGAGAUCUGGCGUGGCCUGAACUCUCUACUCCAAAUAGAGAAACUACAGAAAUAUAUACCCUGCUGGGAUAUCCCCGCAAACUGGGCCAAGAUCUUUGCGGUGAGAGAGAAUUCUACCAAUGAAAUUCCUUUGAUGAAUGGCCUGAGAUCUGUUUGUGCCAUCUGGAUCAUGGUGUUCCACGUGGUGUGGUUCAUGUACUUCACUGUCCACAACAAGACGGUGCUGAUUUCGUAUGCAGAACAGGCCUUUUUCCAAUACGUUUCCUCGGCCCCUCUGCUCGUGGACGUCUUCUUUACCAUCAGUGGCUUUCUGCAAACGUUCAACUUUUUACGGAACUCUAAGCAAUUGGAGGCAGUUCGUCAGAAUAGCUUCGGUGACAACCUCAGGCUCUUUGGCAAACUACUAUUCCAUAGGUAUUUGCGACUUGGACCACUUUAUCUGGUGGUAAUGACAACCGUGGAUUUGGUUUAUGCUUAUAUUGGCGAUGUCUCGGUUUACCACAUCAACGAGCGAUUCGAUGAGAUGUGCUCCCGUCACUGGUGGCGAAAUCUUCUGUUCAUCCAGAACUUCUUUGACCAUCGGGACAUGUGUGCUAAUUGGAGCUGGUCCUUGGCCUGCGAAAUGCAGUUCUUUAUCCUGGCUAAUGCCCUGCUGUUCCUCUACGUCAAAUAUCCCAAAGUAGUUAAAACCCUGGUGGCAUCUUCUUUUGUGGCCACCAUUGCCUGGUCCUACAGCAUCGGCUUGAGCAUCAAGUUUCAGUUGUCCUUUGAUUCUGCCUUCGCUACCGGAACAGAGAUCUACACUUCACCGUUUGUGAGAGUGCUUCCAUAUAUCCUGGGAGCAGCAACAGCUUGGCUACUUCAGGAGAAUCGAAUACAGGUGGAAAUCAGCGAACCGAAAGAACGUUUCUGUUGGCACUUCGCCUUAUUUGUAUUCUUCGCCUGCAUUUAUUCGACUGUGAAACGGGAUCUGGGUCCUCUGAUGGCCAUAACGCUGUUUGUAAUGGGCCGCCUAUUCUUUUCGCUAAGUGUAUGUUGGAUGAUAGCGAGAAGCUGCGGCGGGCGGGGAGUGUGGUGGUCACGAUUGCUGGAGGCCAAGGGUUUCCAACACGUCAGUCGACUUUCCUACGCCAUUUACCUCCUCAACCCGCUAGUCAUUGCUUUAUUCUACAGUUUAACCAAUGCCAGCACACAUGCAGAUCCCUUCAUGCUGUGCGUGGUCACUUGCGGCUUCGCUGUCAUCGUCUACCUGGCCUCCAUCCUCUUUUCGCUGGCCUUUGAGGUGCCCUUCAGCAAUCUAUCCAGCUUGCUAAAUCGACGACAGAGCAAGCCGAAAACCGCCUAAAGAUGCUAGCCCUAAAUUAGAUCGUUAAGGUCACCGCACACGCCUCCAUCUGACAAUUGUGAUCGCUUUCAUGUACAACUACUCAUCAUUAUCGAAUCACUAGGCUUAGUCUUAUCUUAGUCAAUGUUACUUACACUAAACUAAAUAUCUUGUACAUCGGUGGAAACCAUACUUAAUAAGCUAAUCCCAUAGCUGUAGUUUUACUCUGAUAUACGUAUUGUAUGUACCUAAACACAUUAUAAAGCCCGAGCAUAGAAUAUAGAAUUGUUGACACACAAAUAUUAAUUAUUUAUUGCAAUCAUUGUUAAUGGAAUAAUAUAAUUAUAAGGCAGUGGAUUUAUGGGUCAUUUAAAUGCAAAAGAUUAGUAUGCAUGCAACUU